GGGCUGUGCCUGGCCACGCAGUAUUACCAGGAGGCUAGGAGGUGAGGGGGAGGAGAGGAGCUGGGGUAUUUGGCUACCAGACAGCAGGUCCAACACAAUUCAGCUCACAAGGAUGGACUACGCCAUGAAGUCUCUCAGCCUUCUGUACCCCAAGUCACUGUCCAGGCAUGUGGCAGUGAGCACUGCAGUGGUGACCCAACAGCUGGUGUCUAAGCCCAGGCGGGAAGCCCCCAGGGCGAGGCCCUGCCGAGUUAGCACGGCAGAUCGGAAAGUUCGCAAAGGCAUCAUGGCUCACAGCCUGGAGGACCUCCUGGGCAAGGUCCAGGAUAUCUUGAAACUUAAACACAAGCCCUUCUCCCUCGUGCUGGAGGAAGAUGGUACGAUUGUGGAGACAGAAGAAUAUUUCCAAGCCCUCGCAAGAGAUACCGUGUUCAUGGUCUUGCAGAAGGGGCAGAAGUGGAAGCCCCAAUCAGAGCAGCGCAAGAAGAGACCCCAGCUAUCCGAUUCCCAGAAGCCGACUAAGAAGAUCGAUGUGGCCCGCGUAACGUUCGACCUGUACAAGCUGAACCCUCAGGACUUCAUCGGCUGCCUGAACGUGAAGGCGACCCUCUAUGACACAUACUCGCUUUCCUAUGACCUGCACUGCUACAGGGCCAAGCGCAUCGUGAAGGAAAUGCUCCGCUGGGCCCUCUUCAGCAUGCAGGCCACAGGCCACAUGCUGCUUGGCACCUCCAGCUACAUGCAGCAGUUCCUGGAUGCCACUGAGGAGGAACAGCCUUCCAAGACCAAGACCCCCUCCCUCCUCCCCGCCUGUCUGAAGAUGCUGCAGUGAAGACCCAAGUCCUCAGAGGCCUCUCCAGCCAAUGACUGGGGGGCCCACGCAAGCCUGGUAUCUGGAGAGCUUCUCACCUACCAACACCUCACUCACAGCACAACAGGAAGGGCUGGACCCUGGGUGUCUGGUCACAGGAGAACUUCCUGGCUUGGCCCACUUCCUACCUUCCUGUCUCAGGUAGCUUAGGGGACCAGCAUGCGUCCCUGGCACAAAGUGUGCCACCUUGUCUUCACAUGCCGCCCCUACUUACCACUCCCUCUCUGGUGUCCCCUUCUGCCUUGACCGUGCUCACCAUGCAGCAGACAUUGCUAUGGUGGCCUCCAGAAUACUUUGACCUCAAUCAAGACAACAAAAUGAACAGAACGCCACAGUGACAACGGGACCUGUGGUUAUGGUGCGGGAAGGAGAAAAGGAGGGGGACAUCCUCUCACCAGGAGUCCCAGCCAUCACUCCCUCCUGCCCUGCAGGUGCACAUGGCCUUGGGGGGUUGCUAGAGUUUGUAAGAAGUAGAAGGUUAACUAAAGCCAGGAUGACAUUGAUACAGAUUUUAGGAGGACCUUAUCUGUGUAAGGGAGGGACUUUGGGGUCAUGCAGAUGGUUUUGAGUCACUCAGGCCCCUCCUGUAAGAACCUAGUAAACUCACCGGUUCACCAAGCCGGACUUGGAUGGAAUCGGGGCUUCGUCUGUCAUGUGAUAGAGAUUGUGUUCCCCAGGGAAAGUCCCACAGUUCCUCCUCUUGUUCUCAUUCCCCACUACUAUGUAUGCUAUUAGAGUCUAAAGUAAAUUAUUUAUGCU